CUACCCCGGUUCCCUUUUCGGGCGGAGCCGGAGUUGUUGAUUGUUGAAUGAAUGAGCACGCUGUAAGCAGUCGGUGCUUCCUGUAGCCCAGUAAUUACAGCUACCAUUUGUGGGAAGCCUGUGGUGUGCCGGCUGCUGUUCUGCACAUUCUGUCGUCUCAUCGUCCCCCAAAUCGAAGAAGUAGGUAGCUGCAUUUUACAGAGGAGGAAACUGAAGUUCCCCAGCUAGUAAAGAGCCAAAAUUGGAACCCAGGAAAGUGAAUUAAACUUAAUUGAGAAUGUCCGAAAACCCUGACAAGCCCAAUAUAAAUGAAGCAGGAAAAUCAAAAUCGAAUGAUUCUGAGCAAGACCUUGAAGAUGCUGUGAAAGGUUCUGAUGCCGCUCUACAGAAAACAGUAAAGUCGGGCUCUCCCAGCACCCAAAGAGUGCAAAGACCUCACUCUAGUCCUCCUCGAUUUGUGACAGUAGAAGAACUUCUAGAGACAGCGAAAGGAGUCACUAACAUGGCUCUAGCCCAUGAAAUUGUAGUAAAUGGAGACUUUCGGAUUAAACCAGUCGAAUUACCAGAAGACAGUUUGGAGAAGAGAGUGAAGGAGAUUGUACAUAAAGCUUUUUGGGAUUGCUUGAGUGUCCAGCUAAGUGAAGACCCCCCCACAUAUGACCAUGCCAUCAAACUUGUUGGGGAGAUCAAAGAGACUCUCUUGUCUUUCUUGCUGCCUGGUCACACUAGACUGAGAAACCAGAUAACAGAAGUCUUGGAUCUGGAUCUGAUAAAGCAAGAAGCAGAGAAUGGGGCCUUAGACAUUUCCAAGCUGGCAGAAUUCAUUAUUGGUAUGAUGGGGACCCUCUGUGCACCUGCUCGAGAUGAGGAAGUCAAGAAACUAAAGGACAUUAAGGAAAUAGUGCCCCUUUUCAGGGCAAUUUUUUCCGUGUUGGACCUUAUGAAAGUGGACAUGGCAAACUUUGCCAUCACUAGCAUUAGGCCGCAUCUCAUGCAGCAGUCCGUGGAAUACGAACGGAAGAAGUUUCAACAGGUUUUGGAGAAGCAGCCAAAUUCCCUGGACUUUGUCACCCAGUGGCUGGAAGAAGCCGCAGAGGACCUUCUGAAUCAGAAGUAUAAAAGUGCCCUGCCAGCUGGGGGAGGGGCGGCCGGCUCUGGGGAUGGCCCCACGCCAAAUCCUGUGGCUGUCCAGAAUUAUGCAUACCUGAAGCUUCUGAGAUGGGACCAUCUGCGGAGACCUUUCCCAGAAACCGUUUUGAUGGACCAGGCUCGCUUCCAAGAGCUCCAGCUGCAGCUGGAGCACCUCACCAUCCUGGGAGCCGUGUUGCUGGUCACAUUCAGCAUGGCAGCCCCAGGAAUCUCCAGCCAGGCCGACUUUGCUGAGAAACUCAAGAUGAUCGUGAAGAUUCUGCUAACAGAUACACAUCUGCCCUCCUUUCAUCUGAAGGACGCCCUGACUACCAUCGGGGAGAAGGUCUGCCUGGAGGUGAGCAGCUGCCUGGCCCUGUGCGGGCUCACCCCCUUCACCAUGGAAAAGGAGGCCGUGCUCAAGGGCCAGAUCCAGGCUGUCGCCAGUCCUGACGACCCCAUCCGCAGGAUCAUGGAUUCCCGAAUCCUGAUCUUCUUAGAAAGCUACCUUGCCUCGGGUCAUCAGAAGCCACUGCCCACGGUACCUGGGGGAUUGGGUCCAGUUCAGAAAGAGCUGGAGGAAGUUGCUAUUAAAUUUGUCCGCCUGGUCAACUAUAACAAGAUGGUCUUCAGUCCCUACUACGACGCCAUCCUCAGUAAGAUCCUUGUGCGAUCCUGACGCGCCUGCGCUCUCCGGCGGCGGUGGUAUUAGCCUCUCGAUACAGAAUACCUAUUCUCGACUCUCGUGUUGCUUUGGAAAAUGGCUAUUUAGUACAUUUCUGUGUAAGAGCCCUGAUUCCAAAGGGAAGAAUACUGUGUAUCACUGUUGAAAAGGGUUGUUGAAAAAGGCCCUGAAUUCCAGUUUGAAGGUUUAUAUUUAUGAGUGCAAGUUUACAAAUCAAGAAGCUUCUUGUUCUCUUACGUUUGAGGGGGCACUCCGCUCUUAAACGGUUAACAGCCGCGUGUCUGCACCCGACUCUGUCCUGAUUACAGCUGCCUUGUCUUUCCGGGGGGGCUGGGGCCUCUCUUCCACCAUCUGGGUAGUUUUCCUUUCAGACACCCAAGAGGAUCUGCCAGCCACCGAGAAUGAGAGACCAAGCCAUGACCGUGUUGAGACUUUGCCCCCUGUCUGGCACCGACCCUCACUCUUCCCCCCUGCCUGGCACCGACCCUCACUCUUCCCUGCUCCCUGGCACCGACCCUC